AAGGGGAAGGGGGGGAAAAGAAUCAAAAACCUCGGAAAUAAAAAAAAGGAGAGGAAAAAAAAACCCUAGUUUUUAUCCAAAAUCGAAGAAUGCGGUGAUCUUGUUUCCCCAUUUCCAAUAAAAAUUGCCGCCAUGGAUUCGACCGACGGAUUCAGCGCUUCCCCUCCGAAUCGAUCCCCAGGCAGAGAUGAUAAUGAAAAUUCGACUUACAUUAAGAUCCUGGUUUCAAAUAUGGAUGCUGGUUGUAUAAUUGGAAGGGGUGGCUCAACUAUUACAGAAUUUCAGGCACUGUCUGGAGCUCGUAUUCAGCUCUCACGCAACAACGAGUUCUUUCCAGGAACAUCGGAGAGAAUAAUCAUGGUCUCUGGUAUUAUUGAUGAUGUUAUGAAGGCAACUGAACUCAUCCUUGAGAAAUUAUUGAAUGAGGCAGGGGAAACUAGUGAUGCUGAGAUUAUAUCAAAAGUGAGGCUUGUUGUUCCUAACAACUCGUGUGGUGGGAUAAUUGGGAAAGGAGGAUCGAUCAUUAAGUCAUUUAUUGAAGAAUCACACGCUGGGAUCAAAAUAUCACCUCAGGAUAGUAACUUUUUUGGACUGAAUGAUAGACUAGUCACAAUAACAGGGACUUUAGAGGAAUGUAUGUAUGCAAUUGAUCUAAUCAUGUCAAAGUUAAUGGAAGACGCUCAUUAUUCAUUAUCGGCAGCUAGUCUAUAUCCCUAUGCAGGCCUUAUCCUUAAUGGAGGUCAUGGUACUCCAUUGGGCUAUACUGUUCCUUCAGUGCCAUACAGCAGAGCGAAUUAUGUGCCUAAUGGUGUUGGAAAGUACCGUAGCAAUAAGGGCAUGAUGCCACCUCUGAUUUCGACAAGGUCAUCUCCUGGGGGUUCUGAAGGCGAAGGAAUUUCUGUGACAAUUGGUGUCGCAGAUGAACAUAUAGGUUUUGUUCUCGGUCGAGGGGGGAGAACUAUUAUGGAGAUUAUUCAGAUUAGUGGAGCCAGAAUCAAGAUAUCAGACAGAAAUGAUUUCAUGCCAGGCACAUCUAAUAGGAAAGUGACAAUUACAGGAUCACAUGAAGCUGUUAAUGCUGCUGAAGACAUGAUUAGGAACAAGGUCUCAUCAAUUUCAGAGGGUUGAUGACGUUCAUAUCACCACUAGCCUGACUUUUGCUAAAACUGCCAUUGACUGAUGAAAGUUGACUGUGCUUGCUAUUUAAUUUCUCUGCUAACAUCGGACUCGAAAAAGAAGGGAUAGUUUCAGAAUAUGAGAAUUUGAAAUGGUCAGUUGGAAAAAUUAUAUGUAUAUAUAUAUACACACACACGCACAUACACACACAUACUUAUGUUGCAAGGUUUUACUAUAUGGAACUCGAUAGUUUUAGUUUCUUUCGUAA